AUGUCUGGGAACCAGCACAACCUGUGCCGGCGGGCCCCCGGCCUCGCUACCGCCGCGAACGCUGACCGCCCGGCCACCAAGGUAAGCACCAGCCCCCCGCACUCAUAUCCCGCGUACCGCAUCAACCACAGCGCAAGGCCGUGGCCGGUGGAGACCGGGCUUGGGGGGGAGGGGCAGGAGGUGGAGAAGGGACGCCAGACGGAGGUGCAGGAGGGGGGAGACGCAUCACCAGUUGGUGCCAGACGGUUCAGUCCCCGUCCGACGGUGGAGGACGGCCGUCCAAGUCACGUGAUUAUGGAGUGGAAGGAGAAGCCGGAAUGGAUUGCAACAGCAGAAGAAACUGUUGGUUCUGUCUGGAAGGAAUUCUACAGAGGAUACAGCACUGCACAUCCCAGCCCUGCCAUUGCGCCGCCUGAGACUACUGAAGGCGCAUCCAACAGAUCAAGCUCACUUGAUAAGUGGAACCGCAAGCGCCCGCGGCGGCUCUGUGUCGUCGUCGACAUGAUGGAAAAGUUCCAGCUGGAUCCCCCGCUACCAGGCGAGCAGAUCGCCGGUGUUGUGGGUUACAGGCGUGCAAAGUUGUCAGAACCUCAGUGGAGAGAUCUCGCUAGGAUGGCACUUGACUAG